AUGUUAUUAUCAUUUUUACUUUUAACUCCUAUACUAGGUGUAUUUGCAAUAUUAUUUAAUAAAGAUAGUGGAGCAUCGUCAGCAAACAUAAAAUCCAUAGCUUUAAUUACAUCUAUCUUAAAUUUCUUUAUAUCUUUAGUCAUUUUCAUUUUAUUUGAUUUUAGUACAAACCAAUUUCAAUUUGUGCAAGAGUAUCGUGAUAUAAGUUAUUUUGAUUUAUAUCUAGGUGUUGAUGGUCUAUCUAUAUACUUCAUUUUAUUAACUACACUAAUUAUACCUAUCUCAUUAGUAUCUAACUGAAAAUCAAUAACAAAAGAUGUAGAAUCUUAUGUUAUUGCAAUACUAUUGUUAGAGAGUCUAUUAUUGGCGGUUUUCUUAGUAUUAGAUAUUUUACUCUUUUAUAUUUUUUUUGAGAGUAUUUUACCACCAUUAUUCAUACUAAUAGGUCUAUUUGGAUCUGAUAAUAGAGUAAAAGCUAGUUUUUAUUUAUUUUUAUAUACGCUGUUGGGUUCUUUAUUUUUAUUACUGUCUAUAUUGGCAAUGUCAUCUAUUAUGAGUAACACAGAUUUAGACACUCUUUUUAAAGGAAAUUUUCUUUAUUUAACGCAACUUUUCUUAUUUUAUGGUAUUUUUAUAGCUUUUGCAGUAAAAACUCCUACAAUCUUUUUAAACACAUGACUUCUAAAGGCCCAUGUUGAGUCACCUUUAGGAGGAAGUAUUAUUUUAGCGGCAAUUGUUCUUAAAUUAAGUUUAUAUGGGAUACUAAGAUUAAUCUUACCUAUAUUACCUAAGGCCUAUAUGGUAUAUACUUACAUCAUAUUCCUAAUAGGAGUUAUUACUAUAAUAUACGCCAGUCUUAGUACAUUAAGAACAAUAGAUGUUAAAGAACUUAUAGCGUAUAGCUCUGUUUCUCAUGCUGCAGUUUACCUUCUAGGUGUGUUCAGUAACAGCAUACAAGGAAUUGAAGGUGCUAUAAACUUAGGGUUGGCUCAUGGAUUAGUGUCACCUGGUCUAUUUAUUUCUGCAGGAGGGGUAUUAUAUGAUAGAGCUUCUACAAGAGUAAUAUCUUUCUAUAGAGGAGUUACUCAACUAAUGCCUUUAUUUUCUAUACUGUUCUUUAUAUUAUGUCUAGCUAACUGUGGAGCACCUCUAUCUUUAAACUUUAUAGGAGAAUUUUUAUCAUUAUACGGUGUAUUCGAAAGAUCAUCGCUAUUUGGUGUUUUUGCAAGUUCUUCUAUAAUCUUUUCUGCAGCCUAUACUAUCUAUAUGUAUCAAAGAAUAGCAUUUGGAGGUGUUUAUUCAAGAAUGUUUACUUUUAGCCUACCAGACUUAACUAAAAGAGAAUUUACAGUUUUAUUACUAUUAGUAAUACCUACCGUAUUCUUUGGUAUUUAUCCUGCAGCUAUAUUAGACGGUGUGCACUAUUCAGUUUCAACGUUAAUUUACGCUUUAGAUUCUUCUGUUAUUAGCUGUGAUGCACCUAGAAAUUGAGCACAUUACUUCCCUGAUACAAGUCAACCCGCCUUUUAUCAUGGUUGUUUUGCAUCAUUAUUUUGAAUAAUCCUUACAAUUAUAGCUAUUAAAAAUAAAACAGAAAUAAAAAGUAUUUACCAUAGAAAAGGUAAACUGUUUUUAUAUUUUAUAUUUGCUAAUUUAUCCGUAGCCUUUGUUAUAAAUAUCAUAUAUGCUUUAAUUAUGUUACAUAAUUUAGUUUGUGUAAUCGAACAUUUUACACUAUUUAAUCCUUCAUCUGAUGCAGAGGUAGAACAAUUCGCUGACUUAUACUGUAUGGACUAUCAUCCAACAGUAGAAGGUUCUUCUGUAGUGAAAGGAGGGUAUAAUGUGUCAUUAAGUUCUAUAGGUGGAAGUUCUAUAGGUGGAAGUUCUAUAGAUGAAAGUUCUACAGAUGACUCGGGUCCUGGAUCACCAGGUGCUUCCUCAGUUGGUAGCUAUAAUCCAGCACCGGGAAGUCUUCAGGAGGAGGUUCAAUUAUUUAAAACCUCUGGCCAUAUCCACCCGAGUGCACCAGAAUUACAUAAGGAAUUUGAUGCCGACCCGAAGAAAAUAUUUGAGCAUUCUGUUGCUCUUAUAGCCGAAGUAGAGGCAGAGAGAGAUGAAUUGCUAGAUAAAAUAGCUAGUGAGCAAAACCAAAACAAUAUCGAGGAGGAUGAAAUUGGUCUUCUUAAAGAUGAUGCAAACAUAGGAGCUAAAAAAAUUACAGAUAGUAUUAAAGAAACUAACGACGUAGCCGUAGAUUCUAUUGAUGAUACUUCGGACACAGAAGAGUUUAUAUUUAAUAAAAGAAAACCUUAA